UUGGGGAAUGAGGAGUCCGGGAGGGGGCGGUUCCCGUUCUUCCGCCGAGCCGGAUGUUAGCCGAGCUUUGACAGGCGUGGCAGAGGGAGCAGUACCCGGGCGCGGCUUCUCUCCAGUUCGGCAGUAGUGGACAAACUGGCCAUGGAUCCACUCUCAGAGCUGCAGGACGACCUGACUUUGGAUGACACCAGCCAGGCUCUGAACCAGCUGAAGCUUGCCUCCAUCGAUGAGAAGAACUGGCCCUCAGAUGAAAUGCCGGAUUUCCCCAAGUCAGAUGACUCCAAAAGCAGCUCCCCAGAGCCUGUCACACACCUGAAGUGGGAUGACCCUUACUACGACAUCGCCAGGCACCAGAUUGUGGAGGUGGCAGGCGAUGACAAGUUUGGGCGCAAGAUCAUCGUGUUCAGUGCCUGUCGAAUGCCCCCUAGCCACCAGCUGGACCACAGCAAGCUCCUGGGGUACCUGAAGCACACCCUGGACCAGUACGUGGAGAGUGACUACACGCUGCUCUACCUGCACCAUGGCCUGACCAGCGACAACAAGCCCUCCCUCAGCUGGCUCCGGGACGCCUACCGGGAGUUUGACCGCAAGUACAAGAAGAACAUCAAGGCCCUGUACAUCGUGCACCCCACCAUGUUCAUCAAGACCCUGCUCAUCCUCUUCAAACCCCUCAUCAGCUUCAAGUUUGGGCGGAAGAUCUUCUACGUGAAUUACCUGAGUGAGCUGAGUGAGCAUGUGAAGCUGGAGCAACUGGGGAUCCCACGCCAAGUACUCAAGUAUGAUGACUUCCUCAAAUCCACCCAGAAGAGCCCUGCCACGGCCCCCAAGCCUAUGCCCCCUCGGCCCCCACUGCCCAACCAGCAGUUUGGGGUCUCCUUGCAGCACCUCCAGGAAAAGAGCCCAGAGCAAGACCCGAUUCCGAUUGUGCUCAGGGAGACCGUGGCCUACUUACAGGCCCAUGCUCUCACCACCGAGGGGAUUUUCCGGAGGUCGGCUAGCACCCAAGUUGUACGGGAAGUACAGCAGAAGUACAACAUGGGGCUGCCCGUGGACUUCGACCAGUACAAUGAGCAGCACCUGCCAGCGGUCAUCCUCAAGACCUUCCUUCGGGAGCUUCCUGAGCCUCUGUUAACCUUCGACCUGUACCCCCACGUCGUGGGCUUCCUCAACAUUGAAGAGAGCCAGAGAGUGGAGGUGACACUGCAGGCCCUCCAGACGCUGCCUGAGGAGAACUACCAAGUGCUCCGUUUUCUGACCGCCUUCCUGGUGCAGAUUUCUGCCCACUGUGGCCAGAAUAAGAUGACCAACACUAACCUGGCUGUCGUCUUUGGCCCUAACCUGCUAUGGGCCAAGGAUGCCGCCAUCACCCUCAAGGCCAUUAAUCCCAUCAACACCUUCACCAAGUUCCUCCUGGAUCAUCAAGGGGAGUUGUUUCCCAGCCCUGACUCCAAGGGGCUCUGAGCCCAGCCCUGGUCCCACCAGGCCCUUCUCUGGUAGCCCCAGUUUGGACUCUUCCUCCUGGCAUCAGCCUUAUAGGAGCCUGGGGCUCCUGCCCAGGGACCAUGAAGCCCCCGGGAGCUAGAGCUGGAGCCAGCCAACUGCCCCUCUGUCCAGCCCACCUCCCUGGCCCCGGAGGCCUCGCCGUGCUCACAAGACGGUCGUCUUCGCCUUACACUUCUCACUGCCUCUCUGGGUCCCUGGCUCCUUCCGGGCUCCCCAGAGCUGAGCUUGGCUCUUCCAGCUGGAUGAAGACAAGCUCAGCAACCCCUUCCUGCUCUUUCCUGCUUGUCUCCUGGCAUCUGUGGGUGACCAAAUCCGCUGGCUAGGCCGCUUCCCUCCCUGAGUGUCGAGAGUGGACAGCUGAGCGCUGAGUCGGUCCUGCCAUGCCUGGGCACCCCCUGGCUGGGUCUGCUGCCCUGCUUUUUAGAAGUCCCGCGGCUGCACAAAGGCCUGGGUGCAAGCACCCUGCUCCUGUCCUUGCUCAGCCUUGGUAUUCCACACAUGGAAUGUGAGGGCCGAGUCGGCUUCCUCUUCCUCUUUCUCCUCCACACAUCCUGGGUCAGCCUUUCCCAAAUGCUACUGCCCCUCGGGUGGCCCUGGGCUGCCAGGACUGGCAGCUUGGAUGUCAGGGCUAAGUCCCAAUGUCCACCCAGAAUAGACCUCCAGUCCACCCGAGAGCCCCAGCGGCUGCUCAGGUCCAUACCCAGCAGGCUCUGCGCCUCCUGUCCUGUGUGGACAGAGACUCAGCCCGCAGGCUCUUGUGGACCUGCCCGCCGUGGAGACACACUGGUCCCUGUGCUGGCCCGUGGUGACUCAGCACAUUGGGGUCUGGUGGCUCCUUCCUCUGGCUGCAGGACCUUGCAGGGGGCUGGAGUAAGGCUCCAAGUGCCCACAGGAAGGGCGGAGAUCGGCCAGUAGAUCAGCCCCCACAGGCAUAUGGACCCAGGGCCAUGGUCCAUCAGAAACCUGGACCCCAAUGGUAGUUGAUAGCCCUCUUCCAGCAGUGUCCCUUGGAAUCACAUGCCUUCCUAAUGAACCCUAGGGACCCCCGUGUUAGUGCAGCCUUGUCUGAUGGCAGGGAAGUCCCUGCAGUAAUCCGGCCUCCACAAGCCUUGACCAGCUGGGGCAAGGACUGUGGGGAUCCUCACUGUGCUCCCAUCUGUGAGCCAAGUGGGGCCUGGGCCCAGCCUCCCCGGGUGCUGCCCCAACACCACUGGCCUGUCAGGAUUCCUGGGCCUGGAGCUGCUGCUGGUCCUCUCGGCCCGUGUCGGGCCUGACCUGGGCUGCUCCGUUUUCUACCCGCCUUUGUAUAUCAUGUGUUGCUCACAGCCCCACUGCCCGGGAAGCCUUUGGGAUCUAUGAGGUCUUUCUCCUGUCCCCUGCCCCACUGCUCGGUACCCAGGGGGGGGCGCUUGUACUGUGAAUCGAGUGUUCACAUUCACACUUAACGACUUCCUUGGCACCAAUCAUGUAUUUCACCGUUUGCACUUUUUGUAUUUCAAUAAAAAUGGAGAUGGAAAACCGCC